AUGUGGCCAUCAUCGUCGCUCCUUUUAUCCUCUCUGGCUCUGAGAUUUGCAGCAGUCAACGCGCAGGCUCUGGCCACUGUCACCUAUGGCCCCAGCGGGCCUUGUCCAGUGCCAUCCGUGACCAGCGUCGUGGUUGUGCAGGCGGGAUACUACAGCUCUUUCUUUCAGUCAGCCUCGCAAAUUGUGAACCUUUUUGGCAACGGUGAAACGGUUACGAUUGAGAAUGCCCCGACGACGUACAUCACGAACACAUACAUCACCACGACCAUCAUCUCCACGGUCACGAGCGUGGUCAGCCCUUCAACUACCUCAAGUACCUCAACUAGCCCAAUAACUUCCACAACUCCGUCCGGUAGUGCGAGUGUUGGGCCGGUGACUACAAGUGCGGCUCCUGCCUCGUCGCUCUCAACGUCCAUCUCCACAACCUCCACACCAACCUCGACCUCGACCUCUCCGGGGCCCUCAACAACUUCCACGACAGAAUUCACUCCUAUCCCGCCCCCUGCUACGACUCCCACCCCGCCACCAGUUCUGACUUCUACAUCGGUUGACGCCGAAGGAAACACAAUUUUAGUCCCGAUUACACAGCCGCCACUGACUCUGGGUGAAGGUCUGCCCUCGGGAACCGUGACCGAUCUUCCUGCAUCGUCAGCCGUCAUCAUUGGCAUUGCAGUCGGUGGUCUCGGCGGUUCGAAGGUGAAGAGACAAGAUUCAGGCACGCAGGCGCAAGCCUCUCAGCUGCUUUCGGGGGAUGAUGGCGGCUCCAGCAACGCAUGUGACGUUGCCGUGAGAUAUUUUCUCCAAGGUGGACAGCUGACGGAUGGUACCGCUGUGGUCGGUCGUAACACUACCGACUACGCUGCUGUCAUAACUCCUGAUCCCGAUUUCAACAAUGUCACCACCGUGUUUGCGUUUGUUAAUGGCAUUUUGCAGUGGGACUCGCCUGACCAAGGCCUUGGUAGUUUUUAUCACUGCGGUGAUAAUAAGGUGUGGGCGGGCUUCCCGUCUCCUCCACGGCCUGAUUGCUACGAUGUCACCCUGGGCGGCAUCGCCGCCAGCGCUUGUCCGGUGCCGUAUAGGGAUCCAGACGUUAGUACCUCGUCAACGACUAUUUCCUCGAGCACUUCAACCUCAACGGAUGUGGCGUCCACCACCACCACCGAAGUGACCACGACCACGACCACUGAUACCGAGAGUCCGACAUCGCCCACCACAACUCCCGAACCGAGUUCCUCGAGCGACCAAAGCUCGACUGAGUCGUCAGCGAUAUCGUCCCCUUUUUCAAGUUCGGCACCAGUCGUUACAAGCUCCCUGGGCCAGACUACCGAGUCCACUGUGGUUUCAGCCUCCUCGAAUGCCCCGCCCGCCACGACAACACCUGCGUCUACCGGCUCGCCGUCCUCAGCGCCGUUUGGGACGAGCUCUUCAAUUGUUCCUCUACAGUCAAGCUCAACGAGCAUAGCGCCUGUGCAAUCGAGCUCUACAAGCAUCCCUCCUGCACAGUCAAGCUCAACAAGCGCUGUGUCUGUACAUUCCAGCUCGGCAACUGUUCCGCCCGUGCCGUCAAGUUCAACAAGCCCAGCACCGGCACAAUCGAGCUCGACAAGUAUGCUCCCUUCACAGCCAAGCUCGUCGGGCACUGUCGUUACCUCAUCAAGCUCCACCAGUGUUCCUGUGCAAUCCAGCACGACUGCUGGAGCCGCACCGACAACGGUCGUGACCAGUGUUUCCUCUGGCAUUUCUUCAAGUGGAAGCACUGGCGGAGGCACGAGUGGAUCAAGCUCUACAUCGGCACGCAUCUCCGAGUGCGAGCAAUCCUGGCUCGACGACCCCAGCAGGUAUAGUGUCUUCCUCUCUUUCCUCAUCCACUGUCCUCCCCACUUCAAGCACUACAUCCUUGUCCCCAAGCAGCAGCUCUAUAAUAGCAACCACGUCGUCCUCGGCGCCAGCAGCUGGGACCUCAUCGACAAAUGCCGCAACGACACCUGGCAAUACUUCCUCCCUAGCCACUACGCCCUCUGUAUCAAGCACAAGUUCUCUGGCGGCAAAUUCCCAGUCGACAAGUCUGGUCUUGACGAGCCUUACGACGACGGUCAACUCUUUGCCAACGACGUCCUUAAGCCCCGGUUCCACGACAGAUAA